AUGGUCGACGACCCGGACCUCUGCUGCAUCUACGACGACGACGGCGUCAGGUCGCUCAUCCAGUACGUGGACGCAGCCGACUUCUCGGGCCUCGCACCCGUGACGCAAGUCUACGGGCUAGCGCUGACGCGCGACGGCAAGGUGCUCCUCGGCGUCGACAUGCGAGGCCGCUGCACGCUGCUCGGCGGGACUGUCGAAGCCGGUGAGUCCUUUGCCGAGUGCCUCAAGCGAGAGAUGCUUGAAGAGGCCAACUACCGCGUGCUGUGCAUGGCGCCCAUCGGGUACCAGCGCAUUGACUGCGGCGACAACGUAAGCUACCAGGUGCGCUACGCCUGUCUCGUCGAGCCUGCCGGCGCCUUCACGGGCGACGCAGACAGCAGCGCCAUCAACCCGAUCGUCCGCGUCAUCGAGGUCGAGCGCGGCGAUGCGCUCUCGCACUGGAACUGGGGCAAGAAGUCGGCGCUCAUGCUGAUGCGCGCCACCGAAUGGUAUCAACGGGUCCAACGCAAUACGUGCGAGUAA